GUGCAUCCCCACGCCAUCCGCAUCCUCAUCCAGACGAGCCUCCGCGAGCGUGCGAGGCCCUGCGUCGCAGCCGUAGUCAGUCGCUGCUCCCACGCCCACGCCCGCGAGCUAGCCGCCGCCCGCCGCCCGCCGUCCGCCGCCCCCAGCUCACGCAGGCUGCCGGCCGCGCGCACGUCCAGGUUCCCCACCGCGCCAUCGCACGGCAGCGCCAAAGCUCCAGCCUCAUCCCUCGCUGUAUGCUCGCCAUCGCCAGAGCUCCACAGUCACCAUGGCGGACCUCGCGGCCAACGGCGCCCUCGAAACGUCUCUCAACCUGACCCCCGACGAGAAGCGCGCCUUCCAGUACCUGUUCCAGCAGGCCGACUCCGAGAAGCUCGGCGUCAUCACCGGCGAGGUCGCCGUCAAGUUCUUCGAGCGCACCAAGCUGCAGCCCGCCGUGCUGGGCGAGAUAUGGCAGAUCGCAGACACGGAGAACCGCGGCUUGUUGACGUCGGCGGGCUUCUGCCAGGUCUUGCGCCUCAUCGGCCAUUACCAGGCUGGCCGUGACCCCUCGCCAGAGCUUGCCUUCCAGCCCGCCCCGACGCUGCCCAAGUUCGAGGGCCUGUCCAUCCCAUCCGCGCCUGCUCCCGCGGCCCCCGUGCCCGGGCCCUUCGCACAACCUCCUGCCUCAAACAUUACGCCCCAGGUCAGCGGAGGAGGCCCCAUCCGCGUGCCUCCCCUGUCCCCUGCCAAAGCAGCCGAGUAUGCCGGCCUCUUCGACAAGUCGGGUGCUUCCAAUGGCCUUUUGUCUGGCGAGAACGCAAAGCAGAUCUUCGAGAAGGCCAGGCUGCCCAACGAGACGCUGGGCCGCAUAUGGAACCUGGCCGACACCGAACAGCGCGGCGCCCUGGGCGUGACCGAGUUCAUCAUUGCGAUGCACCUCCUCGCCUCGUUCCGCACCGGUGCCAUGAAGCAGGUGCCCACCACGUUGCCCGCUGGUCUCUACGAAGCCGCCGCACGACGAGGACCCGUUCCGCCAAUAGGCCGCCAGGACCCUAUCCCGCCCAUCCCGCGCCAGUUCAGCGGACAGGGACCGCAACGUACCCACAGUCCCCUGCGCAAUCAGUACAGCACCCCGCCGCAGUCCGUCCAAGCAACGGGAAGCGACUGGGCCAUCAGCGCGCAAGAGAAGACUUCGUACGACAAUCUGUUCAACAAGGUCGACACGACAGGCCGCGGUUUCAUAACAGGCGAGCAAGCGGUGCACUUCUUCAGUGACUCUGGUCUUCCUGAAGACGUCCUGGCCGGUAUCUGGGACCUCGCAGACAUAAACUCCGAGGGUCAGCUUACGAGAGACGAGUUUGCGGUUGCCAUGUAUCUCAUCAGACAACAGCGGAUGAAGGACCGUGCUCCGCUACCCACCACACUACCACCGCACCUCAUUCCUCCGAGCAUGCGCAAUCAAGUCAGACAAGCGCCGCUCUCAGGACCCGAACCACCGCCUGCACCUCCGCUGUCCAAGUCUGCCGCUGAUGAUCUCUUUGGGCUCGAUGCCUUUUCUGCCCCUGCACCACCUGCACCUUUGCAGCUGCAGCAGACAACUGGCGGAUCAGCGCCCUUCGCCAAACCUUUUGACAACGACCCGUUCGCCAGCAAGACAGCCUCGCCCACGUCGCCUCAGCCGUUCCAACCCUCACCGCGCAACCCUGCUUCAACAUUCAAACCAUUUCUGCCCACCUCUUCGUUUGGGCAGACGCUUACUACCCAGUCUACCGGGGCUUCUGCAGGCUCCGGUCCGCCAAGAGGUCCACCUUCGGCUAUGGACGAUCUUCUAGGCGAGAGCGACCCUGAGAUUAACAAGAAACUGACUCAGGACUCCACAGAGCUGGCCAACAUGUCGAACCAGAUGACCACUCUACGGAAUCAAAUGCAAGAGGUUCAGAAUAAGAAGGGUGCAACUGAAAGCGAGUUGAAUAGCGUAAACAGUCAGAAGCGCGAACUCGAGCUCAGACUCUCACAGUUUAAAGCUGCUUAUGAGAAGGAGGUCAAAGACGUGAAAUCAUUGGAAGAUCGACUAGCAUCUUCGAAGAAUGAGACACGAAAACUCCAGCAGGACCUGGCCAUACUUGAAGGCACCCUCAAAGACCUCCAGAACCAACACCACCAGGCGAGGACGGCUCUUGAGACUGACCAGCGCGAGAACAACAAUCUCAAGGAGCGUAUCAGGCAAGCCAAUGCUGAGGUCAGCAGCCUGCGGCCUCAACUUGACAAGUUACGGAAUGAUGCUAGGCAGCAGAAGGGAAUGGUGGCCAUCAACAAGAAGCAGCUAGCUACAAACGAAGGCGAGCGAGACAAGAUCAAGAACGAGAUGAACGAUUUGAACAAGGCCGUUGAGGAGUACCGUACUCCUCCUGCAGGGCCGACUUCCAAUGUAGCCAGUCCUGCAACUUCCACUGCGAGCCACAACACCAAUCCGUUCUUCCGCAAGUCGCCUCAGCCCACCGAAAACACCAUGUCACCCUCUGGCUUCGCUCAGACUGGUCCCCACAAAGACUUUGACAGUGUCUUUGGCUCGUUCGCUUCACCUCAAACUUCGGCGCCCCCAACAUCUUUCCGAGCGGACAGCCAAAGUCAAGUGCCGUCGUUCUCAGCGCCUUCUGGUCAGUCUGUUCGCUCAUCAGAGGGACCAGACGUGCCAACACCAUCCACUUCCCCGCCGUUGUCGUCUUACCAAGAAUCUCCUCGUGCCGGAGAGCCGCCUGCACCCCCUGAAUCGCGUCAGUUCGGUUCCGCAUUUCUUCCGCUGCGAAACGACCUCCCCCGCUCAGACUCUUUUAGCUCGUCGGUCAAGGUCUCAGCCCCUGCGAGUCGGUACGGUGGACCCAGUGCAACGGGCAACGAAACGCCCACCAUCUCAGCGGCUUCGCCUGCCGCAACGCCAGUGCAAGAGAAACCUGCAGCGGUGGAGCGCUCACUCUCCUCCGAUACUCAGAAGACCGAGACCGACAACUUCAACCCGUCGCUCUUUGACCGUAUCUCUACAGCUUCGCCAGUAGCAAGCAUCACCAGCGAUACCAAGUCCACCACCAGGGGUGAGGAGAGAAAGGAUACCUUUUCCGGGUUUGGCGGUCCUCUGCCCAACAAGGAUCUUCCCGGAUCUUUUCCAAGGGACACAACCUCUCCGCUUCAGCAAGUGCCCACUGGUGGUAGCAGUUUCAGCGAGCAGAGCAGGGCCAACGGCCGCGGUGACCCGUUCCCACCCGCCGCUAGCGAGCAGCCACGUCCCGGACAGAAGGUCGAUUUUGACGCUGCAUUUGCUGGUUUUGGUUCGAGCCGUCAGAACACCGAGCCUAGUGGAACGAACGGGGAGUCCAACGGCGCUGCGACCAAGUUCAACAAGGAGUUUCCUCCGAUUGAGGAUUUGAGCCGUGAUGAUGACACUGACAGUGCCAGCGAACAAGGCUUUGCGGACAAUUUUACCUCGGCCUCUCCUCACCACCAUCGUUCAAGUCGGGGACAAAGCCAGGCUCCGCAGCCCAACACCUCUUCAGCUGGCGGAGAUGCUUCUCAUGACGACCUUUACGCGCCUCCGCCUCCAACCACUCGCCUUGAUUCAAAUGUAGGCGGGCUUCCUUCACCCACCGCGCAGAAGUCGCCGCCCAGCUAUGAAUCCAGCGUUCCGCAUCGAAGCGGCUCAAAUCAGUUCCCACCGGAGUUUGGAGGUUUGCUUCCUUCCAGGACUGAUCCCACCGCACCGCCCUCCUCCCAAUCUCCAGAGAGGUCGUUCGCUUCACCUGCUGGGGGACAUGGUGCCGCUCUCUUUGGUGGCUCUUCUGCUGCAAAGUCAAUGACAGCAUCGCCACCUCCUGCGGAUACUCCAUCGUCAACCGUACCUUCGGAUGCUUACCACUCAGCUGUUUCCCAACCGCCCAGUGAUACCACAGCUCAGCCUCAGCCCAAAUCCGCGUUCAACGAUGACUUUGACGCUGGGUUCGAUGACCUUACCGAUGCCAAGGAGGCAGACGACAAGACGGACGACGACUUGUUCGCGUCACAACAUCGCGAAGGGUUCGAUGAAUUUAACCCUGUCUUCGACUCACCUGCGGCAUCCAAGGCCAAUACUAUGCAAUCGCAGCAGACACCCACGGGCAAAGCUCACAGCGGCGAAGACAGCUUCAGCGACUUCGAGCACAUCUCCAGAAGUUUCGGGCAACCCGCGGCUCCCCAGCCGGCAGCUUCUUCUCAGGAUUGGGAUGCGAUCUUCUCUAACAUGGAGUCAUCCCAGGACAAGGGGUCGCAGCAAGAGCCGAGUGAUUUCAGCAAGUCGGUGUUCGAGUCUCUUGACCGAGACGAAGGCUCUGGAUCUUUGAAGUCGCCUACCAUGCCUCAGCUGGGACGCGCUAUCAGCACUGGCACGGAACACGACGACCCCAUCUUGAAGAAGUUGACUGGGAUGGGAUACUCCAGGGACGCAGCUCUGGGCGCCCUGGAGAAGUAUGACUACGACAUCAACAAGGUAUGUCACAAUCUACCCGACCACAGUAUUGGCCCAAGGGUCAAGUGACCCUCAUCAUCCCGCGAUAGAUGAUACAGGGUCGAUGGCUUAAUCUGUUGUCUCCUAGUCGUACUGUCGGUAUCGUACUAACGCUCGUAGGCCGCUGAUCAUCUGGCAUCAUCACAUUAGCGGUUCUUCGUUUCCAG